CAGCAAAUUAGGUUUUACACGGUAGCGAUUGUUUGUUGAGCAGCUAAUUGUCUUUUGUCAUUGAUGUUAAGAACAUCAACAAAUGAUUUUGCACUAGUCUUAAUAGCUAUUCAGUUUUGACUAAGCAGCUGCACAGUAUUGACCGCUACUAUGUUGUUGCCACUUUUAAUAACAUCAGUAUCAUUGUCGGUGGUUACUUCUCACAUAACCGGGCCGUCUCAAAAACCUUUCGAGAAACAAUUAUUUUUAAGCCGUCGUGUGGUUACCGAAACUGGUGAGUUUGAAGGUGGUGUCUUGGUUGACGAGAAUGGAAUUAUUGAAGCUGUGUUAAGAAAGGAUUCUGUUGAUUUAUUACUUCACUCUGACAGAAGCAGGGAUUGGCAUCUUAUAGAAGGCGGGUCUUUUGCGUUAAUGGCCGGAGGGGUGGAUUCUCACGUGCAUGUCAAUGAGCCGGGUAGAAGCACUUGGGAGGGCUAUGUUACGGCUACAGAAGCUGCCGCUGCUGGAGGGGUCACCACCAUCAUCGAUAUGCCUUUAAAUUCAAUUCCUCCUACGACUACUGUUGAAAACUUGAAAAUUAAAGCAAACACGGCGAGGGAGGAAGUAUAUGUGGAUGUUGGUUUUUGGGGAGGGGUCGUUCCUGGAAAUGAGUUGGAGUUACAAGAAAUGAUAAAAGCAGGAGUUGUUGGUUUCAAAUGCUUUUUGAUCAACAGUGGUGUUUCCGAGUUUCCGUAUGUCACGCCAGAUGAUUUGGAGAAAGCUAUGUCUUACCUUAAUGGAACUGGAACCGUUUUAGCGUUCCAUGCUGAACUCCAAAUUGGCGACGAAAAUUCUGAAUGCAAGGGUCAAACUUGUCCAGAUCCAUCUUUGUACGAGACUUACCUUGCAACACGCCCCGAAAUCAUGGAGUUAGAAGCAGCGUCGUUUAUCUCCUCACAACUACAUAAAACUGAUGUUCAUGUCCACGUGGUACAUGUGUCUGCGGAAGGAGUGGUGCCUAUCCUGGAAGCCGCCAGAGACGAGAGAAUUAAGAACGGAUACAAAGGCUGGCGGGGUGGUGUUACUGCUGAAACGUGUAACCACUACCUCACGCUGAGUUCGGAUCAGAUCCCACCAGGACACGCCGAGUACAAGUGCGCUCCACCCAUUAGAAACAUCACUAAUAAGCAAAAACUAUGGGAGUAUAUUCGAGAUGAAAGAUUGGAUUUAGUCACAUCAGAUCACUCGCCUAGUGUUUCUGAACUUAAAGGGAAAAAUUUCUUAACAGCCUGGGGUGGAAUAUCUUCCCUUCAGUUUGAUCUGCCACUAUUUUGGACUGAAGCAAAAGCCCGCGGGUUCACAUUAAGUACCCUGAGUCAUUAUUUAUCAGCUGGGCCAGCUCGUCUUUGUGGCCUGCAAGAGAAAAAAGGUUCACUGAGGGCCGGCCUCGAUGCUGACCUCAUUUUCUUUGAUCCUGACGCAUCAUUCGUUGUUACGCCCGAAGUCAUAAGAUACAAAAACAAGAUAAGUCCAUACAUGAAUAGGGUGUUAACGGGGAAAGUGAUGCAAACCUACGUCAGAGGAGAACUCGUCUAUUCCGAUGGCGAGCUAAUCGGAGGGCCUAAAGGACAACUAUUAUUAAAUAAUGAAUAAUAACGAAGACGCUCCUUAGACGAUCAAUUAAAAUGUGCAAUAUUACGAAUUCUGCAAACUUAUUAAGCGUGUAGGGCAAAUAUUAAUGAUUUUAGCGACAAAAAUUUUGAAUGCUCAAUAUUUUUAUUGUAAUAUUGCACAGCUAUUGUAGGUCUAGGGGGGCGUCUGACACAAAACCUGUAUACCUCCACUGUAACCAAUAAAAUCAAUAAUCUCUAA